AUGGUUUUGAUAAAGUGGGUGCAAUGGAAAAAGGAUGCAGAGGUUAGAGAAUUCAAGAAAGUGUUUCGGAUUCCCGAGAUUGUUAAUCUUGAUAAGAUCAAAGCGAGGUUUAACGAAGAAGACGGGACUUUAACGGUUACAAUGCCGAAGAAAAUUAAAGGGAUUUCCGGUUUGAAGAUUGAGGAAGAAGAGAAAACGGAGGAAAAAAUUGAGCCAGAAGAAGAGAAAACAGAGGAAAAAACAGAGCCAGAAGAAGAAAUGAAAGAGGAGACAAACCCCGAGGAAGAAGAAGAGCCAAAGAUGGAAGAAGAAGAAGGAUACGAAGACAAGACUGAAGAAGAGGUCGUGGAGGAAGAAGAAACAAGGGAUCAUGAGGAAGAAAGAGAAGAAAUCGAAGAAGAUAGUAAACCAAGAAAGAAGAAAAGAAAAAAGUGUCGUUUUCCAGUAGUUGCAGGAUCCACUCUGCUUAUGUCUAUUAUUGUUUUCAUUAUUCAAUUGAUUCAGUCCAGAAGAAAAUGA